AUGCGAGCGGGUGCAAUAGAUAGAUUAUCUAUCUAUCUAUCUAUCUAUCUAUCUAUCUAUCUAUCUAUCUAUCUAUCUAUCUAUCUAUUUCAAGUCUGUCCAUAUGUAUGUAUACACGGAACAUGGCCGCCGCCAAUUCCUGGCUUUCCGCUGUUUCCAUCAAUCAAUUCUUUCUUUCUUCCUUUUCCAUUAAAAACCCCACUUUGCCCCUCUUUCUCUUCUCUUCACACUCUCUUUCUUAAAUUGUUUAUUAUUUUUACCACAAACUCCCUUCCCUUUUAUUUUCUCUGCCUUUUGUUCUCUCUCUUUUUCUUUUCUCUCUUAUUGCUUUUACCUCUACUUCACUUUCUCAUAAACUCUUCCACUCUUUCUUGUUUCAUUACCUUUUAUUUUCUUUCGUUGUCACCUUUUACCUCUUUUUUUAGUUCUUUUUUUUACGACCACAUCUUUUCUCUCUCUCUCUCUCUCUCUCUCUCUCCCCUCUUUUUUUUUCACUGGCAACUACGAAUUCUCUCACUUCAUUUUUUAUCACACCUCUCUCUUUUAUAUUCUUCCUUCCUUCUUCUCUUCUUUAAAGUCAUUUACAUUUCUUUCGCUCUUUUUCUGUCUCUCAAACGAAUGCCGGGGCCGUUAUGUUUAAUUCUUUCCAUAAAGUAA